AUGAUGAAUGAUUCAAUUCGAACUCGUCGGAUAUUACGCAAAACAUUUGCGUGCGAUGAGUGCAAACGCCGGAAAGUUCGAUGUUCCGGCGAUGAUACUUGCGCCAACUGUAUCAGAGAUGCAAAAGCAUGCCGGUACUCGUCCCCGUCGCAAAAAUUAUCGUCACUGCAAAGGCGUCUUCAAGAAUAUGAACAACUUCGGCAGGACAUGGAAAAAGCCUGGAGGACGUACCUCCCUACAGUUGACUUGCAAGAAGCACUUCGAACUGUACGAGAGAGUCGCCAGGUAGCACCGGUAAAUACAAGCCAGGAUACCAAGCUGAGUACUGAGGUGGAACACCAUACUGAGCAACUCCCGACAAACUUCACUGAACACAGCAACGCAGAAGACUAUGAAUUUGACGAGUCUCAAGACUUCGAUAACUCAAUCGACGGUAUGGGCUUCUUAACUGCUGACCCGCAUAAGGCUGGGUAUACAGGACCGCAGUCCGGAAUAGCUGCGUUGAAAUUUCUGCAAUCUCUUCCACUGUACCUUCCACUGAACAGCGUGAACACGCCCUCGUCAUUGGAUGAGGAUGAUUUCCCCGCCGCGCGAUCCCAGUCAAUGGCCACAGUCAGCCGUUAUAUUGAUGAUUAUUUCGCUCUCUAUCAUCCUGCGUAUCCCAUCUUACAUGAAGGGACUUUUCGUGCGCGAAUAUCGGGUGCCCUGGCUAAGCCGCGGGACGGUUCGUGGCCGCUAUUAUAUAACACGGUCCUUGCUAUCGGUGCAUUCGUUGGUGAUUCUAAUGCGACCAAAUGCGACAUUCCUUUCUACAAGGAAGCACGUAGACACUUAACGAUGGAUGUCCUCGAGAAAGGGUCUUUGAGCUACGUGCAAGCUAUUGUUAUAAUGGCCAAUUACUUGCAAAAGCGGAACAAGCCUAACGCGGGGUUCAUUCUUAUCGGCAUCGGCUUCAGCAUGGCUCUUGCAAUCGGCUUGCACCGUGAGUUCGGCAUGCCAAGCACAUCGCCCUUCACUAUGGAGAUCCGCCGACGCGUUUGGUGGACACUGUUUGUCUUCGUUUCCGGGGCUCAGCUGACUCUCGGGAGGCCUGCAGUGUCUUUAGUUGGAGUGAACAUUCGCCUCCCAGCAAACCUGGAUGACCAGGAUAUUGCGGUUGAUAUGGAGCAUUUGCCUGAGUGCAAGCCUGGGCCCACUAUCACAUCUGCUCUCAUUGCUCAAGUCAAGCUAGCUAAGAUUGCAAAUGCCGUUCAGGUGGAGCUUCUCACGCACCAUGUUCCAAGAUAUGAGAGAGCUGUGAAACUAGAAGAGAGUAUCGGGAAUUGGUGGAAGGACCUGCCCCCAUAUUUCAACCAAGAGGUCAAUCUGGAACCGCACUUGGAGUUGCCUAAGAGAGUUCUUCUAUGGAGGUCUUUCCACCUGCGUAUCGUUCUCAAUCGGCCCUUUUUAUUCGAGGCUAUAGCUACAAGAUCAGCCAUCAGUACAUCAGAGGGCCCGAUCAAUUCGUGCCUAUCUGCAGCUGAUGAAUGUGUCACGUCUAUAUGUGGAUUUCUCAACCAUACGGAUAGUAGAAAACGGGGUCUCGCAUGGUAUGCGACAUACUGGUUGAUCACAGCGAGCUUUGUGCAGGCCACCUGUUACAUCUAUAGCCCGACUCAUACUAUGGCUCCAUCAUGGAAGGGACAUCUCCAACAGGCUGUGGAUUGUCUUGAGAGUCUUGGGUCGUCGCAUGAUAUGGCGUUUCGUGCACGGAAUGUAUUACAGAAGCUCCUCGAACAAGGUCAUGCUGUUGACUUGACUCAAAAUAUUAGCCCGAACCCAACGGCCGUGACACGCCCUUCUCGUCUCUGGGCCCCGCCUCCCGGUGCUCAAAACCAAGCAAUAUACAACCCGUUAUCGAUGGGGCUAGAGGAUAGCUUUACGUGGUAUCCACAAGGCAUGUCUAAUGCGGAACUCCUGGACGCGGCCGGGGGCUUCAUGAUUCAAAAUUUCUUCGAGGGCUCAGAAGGACAUUCAGGAACGAGUCCAUGGAUGGCAAUGUGA